AUACUACAUGUAGUAAAUGAUAGUACUACGUUUACGAGUUUCAUUCAUGAUUUCAAGAGGAGAAGGUCAACGUCCUCUGAUUCGCUCUGAUUGGAGGGUUUCAAAGAGGGGAAGGAGGUGAAUAAAGUAAACAAUCUGAUCUGAAUGAGGUGAGGUCACAAAGUAGACGUAGAAGAAUUAAAAGACCGGCUUUUUUCAUCGACAUAAAUUGAACGCAUAUAACGUCGUCGAAACAGUAAAAAUUAUGGACAUUUUCACAUUUAGCACGAGCAUAUUAAUUACUCUCCCUAAUACACAACCCUGACAGUUUGACAACAAGUGUUUAUAACCUCAAAGUGCUAACAUGUGCCGUGCUCUUUACUUACUCUGUAACAUGUACAUUGUGGUUCUUCUGUUUUAAUCAAGAGAAAUUAUAAUUUCACAGUGUUCUACCAGGAUUUCACCGCAUAGUUGCUUUGGAUUAAAAUUACCAAUUGUGUGUAGCAACGUCUGAAUCCAAUGAUCAAAUGCAGUACUAAUAAGUUAAUGUAUCACACCGUUAUCCACUCAUUGCUCACAGUUAGCUUCUCAUUCAAGGUAUAAUGAGAGCUUCAAUUGCAAAUAAAUAUUGUAGCAAAACGUAUCAGCUAAACGUCAUUUGAAAGUCAGUUGAUCAUUUACCGGACAUACGUCAAUACUUACACUAAUCGGGCUGUGAAUAGUUAGGUACCUACAUUUUGAACACUUUCUAUGUCUGGGAUAUGAUAUUCUGACGAUCCUAUCAUGUGCGGAAUAUUUUGCACAAUUUGUAGAAGUACCUCAUCAUCUAGCAAUAUCUAUUUAGAGCCAUGUCACGAUAAUCUGAAAAGACGAGGACCAAAUGCGUCCGGAUCCAUCACUCAGAAAUUAUCAGAUUCGGUCGAAGGAGUCUUUUUUGCAAGUGUACUGUGGAUGCAAGGAUGCUCGUCUCCUACAAAACAGCCUCUUGUUGAUGCAGAGGGCAACAUUCUACUAUGGAACGGAGAUAUACUUGAUGGCACAUUGCAAAAUGAAGGCGAAUGUGACUCUUUUAUUCUACUAACCAGACUUCAGACAAAUGAUGUUUUGAACACUUUAGCAGCCAUUCAGGGGCCUUACUCUUUUAUUUAUCUGGAUCGCAAGAAAAUGCAGUUGUGGUUCGGGCGAGAUCCAGUUGGAAAGCAUAGUUUUCUCUUCAAUAUUUCCGAGGAUGCAGCAGUAUUUACUUCUGUCGGAGUAUCCUCCAUUCCAUCCUUACAGGAAUUGCCUGCUGCUGGAAUAUUCAAACUUGACUUAUCGUUAGGUGAUUUUACCAAAGGUCUCGUGAUACAUCCUUGGGAGCACCGCAAGUUUGAUAUCAGCAGGAUGAUGGACCAGCUAAAUGUAUACACUGUGGAUGUACCUGUAACACACUGCAUUCUUCGUGAAUUCAGUUUUCAAUUCAAUUUUGAUGAAGUGGGUCACAAUUUUGAUUUUUUAUCAGAUCCUUCUGUAAGUGGUGAAGAUUGUUUCAAAUUAUUCUACCAGAGUAGUCACUUUGCGGGAAAUGUUGAGAAAUUGUUGGCACUUUUAAGAAGAUCUGUGCAGGUCAGAAUUGGUUUGCAACCUCCACUUUGUGCAGGUUGCAUAGAAACAAAGACCAAUUGUGCUCACUCAAAAACUGCUGUUCUUUUUUCUGGCGGGUUAGAUUCGACAGUUUUAGCAUUGCUUUGUCAUGAGUUUGUUCCAGAAAGUGAACCAAUAGAUUUGUUUAAUGUCGCUUUUGAAAAAAUCUCAAGGCCACAAAAUGUCAAACAGAAAAACAAAUUUGAUUCUACAAGUUCUGUGGAAGAGCCGAAACCCUCUGAAAGCAACUUCAAAGUCCCUGACAGGAUUAGUGGAUUGAAUUCAUUUGAAGAACUUGAAAAAUUAUGUCCCGGGCGCAAAUGGAAUUUUGUUGAGAUUAAUGUCUCAAGGGAAGAAUUGAAUAAAUUUCGGAAGACUCGUAUCUCAGAUCUUAUCUAUCCAUUGGACACAAUUCUUGAUGACAGCUUAGGCUGUGCUCUGUGGUUUGCUGCCAGUGGUCGAGGGCUCUUAGAUGGAGAAAGCUAUUGCUCCCCUGCAAGGGUUCUCAUUCUAGGAAUGGGUGCUGACGAGUUACUGGGAGGAUAUACCAGGCACAGAAAGACUUUUGAACGUUCUGGCUGGGAGGCCCUCAACAAAGAGCUUCUAACGGAAGUCUGGAAUAUUUCUCUCAGGAAUUUAGGCCGUGACAAUCGUGUAACAAGUGAUCAUGGGCGGCAACCAAGGUUCCCAUUUCUGGAUGAAAAUGUCAUAGCAUUUUUAACACAACUACCUCCAUGGGAUAGGUGUUGGUUUCCUAAUACUAAGCCCGGUGUUGGGGAUAAGUUACUUCUGAGGCUGCUAGCAUGGAAGUUGGGCUUACAGUUUUCUGCCCUGUUGCCCAAGAGAGCUCUUCAGUUUGGUUCAAGGAUUGCGGACAGCAAGGAGAAAGGGAACAUUAAGUGCCAAAGGCUAACAACGUAAUUCCUAAUAUGUAUUAAACCAUCACGGUCUAUUAUCAACUCCCAGAAACCAGAAAUUGUUGGCAGAUGCUAUCGAUAUAGGAACCUCAAAGCGGUUGACCAUAACUCAAGGAGACUCAAAAUCAAGGCAAGUUAAAUAGGAACUUAGAAAUUUGAUCAAUAGGUCCUUUGAAAAGUGUUGAAUUGUGCCUUUUGGAAGAUCAAAAAUUCUUGCCAAUUCUGUAAGCCAGUAAAUGAAGAAAGACAGGUCGAAAUUUAGAAAAUAACUGUUUCUUUACUGUUAACAGUCUUACCUGAAGAAAUUAUGUCUGUCGCAGUAGCAUCUUAUAAAUUAUAUGUACUGAAAAAGCAAAACAUAUAUGUAAAUAAUACAGUUUGGAAAAUCAACGUUUUCAAACAAAAAUUCAGCCCAUGCAUCUCCACUGAUGACAACCAUCAGUGAAGAAAAAUAUGUGUCUAUUCGACUUUAAUGAGUACCCAAGUCUGUAAAAAAUGAUGAAAUGAGAAUAUUACAGUUAAAAGUUUUGAAACAGGGACCCAAAAAAAGAAAGAUUUUUGCUUAUUUA